CGCGAGAUAGUACAUGAGUUGGAUGUCGCAGCAUGAAAGGUUUUACAAAUGGCGAGGCUUUGGGUCGACAAGGAUCCCGAGUGCAGGAGAACAAAACCAAAAAAGUAGAGUUACCUCCCCAUGACACGUUUGUGUCAAAGUUCACUUCCUGUCGAUGGACCACGUGUUAUAUGAGUUUCGUGGCGUCGCUGCUAUUGUAUACAUUCCGCCAUUGUCUGAGCAUGGCGUUUGUGUGUAUGGAAAUAAUACCCGUGGAUGUAUCGAACUGGACCGAGAGCAAUGUCACAAAUGUCACCAGUUUCACAGCGAACAAUCGUACGUUACAGGGAUUGGAGCAUACUGAGGACAAGAGAAUCAACCCGUAUGUGCCAGCCGAGUUGGAAGGGACACUUCUCUCCAGCUAUUUCUACGGGUACCUGUUGACUCCCCUGGUGGGAGGUACACUCGCCUCCAAGUUUGGGCCAAAGAGAGUGGUGGCUACAUCUUUGACCGCAGCCUCCAUAGCCACCUUGUUGAUUCCAUUGGCCCUCAGAACAAAUAUAUAUCUCGCCAUUGCCAUGCGGAUCAUCGUGGGAGUAUCAUCGGGCACCAUCAAUCCUUCACUCUAUGUGAUGUGGUCCUACUGGGCUCCCAUAAAUGAAAAGGCCCAACUGGCAGCUGUUACAAAUUCAGGUGUAAACAUGGCCAGUAUCUUAGUGACGGCGGUGUCGGCCUCGCUCUGUGAGAUUAACGUGGACGAAGGGUGGCCCUUCAUAUUCUACGUCUAUGGUGGGGCUGGUGUUGUAUGGCUAUUCUUCUGGUGUUUCCUCGUCUACGACUCGCCAGAGAUCCACCCAAGGAUAGAGGAAAAAGAAAAAGAAAUUAUUUACUUCAAGAAAACUACGAAAAGCACGUCGGUUAAGCCGCCGUGGAUGAAGAUCUUCAAGUCUCCCCCCUUCUGGGCGUUGCUGACAGCUCACAUCUCCCAGACGUGGAUCGAGACGACCAUCACCACCUUCAUCCCCAUGUACAUGAACGACGUCCUCGAGUUCAAGAUAGAAGAGAAUGGCUUAUUAUCUUCACUGCCGUUCCUCGGCCGGUUUCUUGGUGGCAUUGCCACAGCCUACCUCGCCGAUAUGAUGCAGGCAAAGGCGGUCAUGUCAACAACGUAUACACGAAAGAUGUUCCAGACAGUUGGAUCCGUUAUUCCAGCAUCGUUGCUGAUUGGCGUGAGUUAUUUGAGCGCCGACCAGAGGAUGCUAGCUGUGGGGUUAUUGACGUUAACCAUGACGGUCAACUCGACAACAAUAGCUUCCUUCAGAGUUAACCAUCUUGACAUCGCCCCAAGAUACUCCGGUCAAAUAAUGGGCUUCACACAGACGUUUGCAAUCAUCGGCGGAAUCAUCAGCCCUCUCGUAACAGGAGCUAUCACUAUAGAUGGGACCAGGAAACAGUGGCAGAUCGUGUUCAUCAUCACCGCCACCAUUGUCCUCUUCGCCAACAUUGUGUUCGUCAUGUUCGGGAGUGGACGAGAACAAGACUGGGCCAAGUUCAAGGACGCCACCAUCGACAUUCCACAGAUGACGCAACAGGAUAACUCCACCUCUGUGAAUGGAGAACAACAGAAUGUGAAUUCUGUUUCCGUUAUACAUAUACCGGGUGGGGGCCCAUGUGAUUAUGUGUAUGACGUUAAAAUGGAUACACUGGACGAGGAGUUGGGUGAGGUCAACACAGCAUUUGAUGGAGAUGAUUCAGGAACUGGUCAGUCAGAGAACGGGUCGGACGACAACAUGGAAAGUACGAGAAUGUAGGGUCGGAAAGAUAUGAGUUGACCAACUGUGCUGAAAACUCGGAGAAACGUGAGUGAGUGAGUUUGGUUUUACGCCGCUUUUAGCAAUAUUCCAGCAAUAUCACGGCGGGGGACACCAGAAAUGGGCUUCACACAUUGUACCCAUGUCGGGAUUCGAACCCGGGUCUUCCGCGUGACGAGCGAACGCUUUGACCACUAGGCUACCCGACCGCCCCGUGAAGGCAUGAGUGACAGGACACUUAGGGCAUUGACGUAUCUGCAGCAUCAGUAGCCUCCCGGACCGUCAUCGAUGCAAACGAGGAUGUAGAACUACAUGUACCCUUCAUUAUCGAUACGGUACAAAUCAUGAACUAAUUGCGAUUAUUCUAGAUUCCUUGCUCACUUAGCUCCAAGUAAGCGUACUUCAUGUCACCGGAAGUGAUCUAUUAAUAGUGAGGGAGUGAGUUUGGUUUUACGCCGCUUUUAGCAAUAUCCCAGCAAUAUCACGGCGGGGGACACCAGAAAUGGGCUUCACACAUUGUACCCAUGUCGGGAAUCGAACCCGGGUCUUCGGCGUGACGAGCGAACGCUUUAACCACAAGGCUACCCGACCGCCCCUGAUCUAUUAAUAAGAAUUACAGAUCGAUUCUAGAAGACAAGAUGGCGGCCCUGCAAAACCGCAAUGGUCGAAAGAGAUGUGGAUCAUGUUGAGAUAUACUGCCAAUUUUAGAUCAUUGCGGUCUAAUGUAAAUAUAUUUUGACUAAUCGUGUUUUGGGAUUAUGGUAUCCUGAGUCCCACACGUCUGUGAAUGUGUAUAUAUGUGUGUGAGUUCUACAUGUUGCUUAGCAACAGUGUAUAGGUCUAAACCAUUGGUCAACGCAAGUGCAGUUUUUAUUGUUGUUAUGGCAAUGUUAUGCACGGCUGGCUUUCGGAUAUGAAAUAUCAGCAGAUUGCAGCAACCUUUCAAAUGACGCGAAUUUGUUUCAAUUACUAUUAUAGUGGAAUGAAUAUGUUAAUAACUGAAUGAACUGGUACAAAUGUAAAUUGAAAAAUAGAAUACUGAACAAUGGACACAGUUGUUAAUGUUUUGUCAGAUGUGUCCUGAUCUAUCCCCGCGAUCAAGACCAUGGGUCCGAAUUGUUCUAUCCUUGAGUUCGGAGCAUGAGACGUGUAUUGGGUACUCAGGAAAGUUCUAUCCCGGAGUUCGGACCAGGAGACGAGUAUUGGGUGCUCAGGAACAGCUCCAUCUCGGAGUUCAGACCAGGAGACGUGUAUAGGGUACUCAGGAACAUCUCCAUCCCGGAGUUCAGAUCAGGAGACGUGUAUUGGGUGCUCAGGAACAGCUCUAGCCCGGAGUUCAGAUCAGGAGACGUGUAUAGGUUACUCAAGAACAGCUCCAUCUCGGAGUUCAGACCAGGAGACGUGUAUAGGGUACUCAGGAAAAAGCUCUAUCCCGGAGUUCGGACCAGGAGACGUGUAUUGGGUACUCAGGAAAAGCUCUAUCCCGGAGUUCAGACCAGGAGACGUGUAUAGGGUACUCAGGAACAGCGUUUUUCCCGGAGUUCGUACCAGGUGUCCUGGGAGUACAUUGACGUUUUGUGAUAUGGAUUGGGGCUUUAUUCCGCAUUAAAUCAAACUACAGGUCCCGAAAACGACCAGUAUACUGACACCGAGCCGAACAGUUCUUUUACAGCCCCUUAAUGCCGAACCCCAGGCAGGGAAACAACGUCUUUACAACAGGGUGCCAUCUUUCAACGUUUUUUUGUAUGACGCGGCCGGGGAUCGAACCCCCAACCUUCCGCUGUCCGAGCGGACGCUCUACCACUAGGCCAUGGGGGCAACUAAAGAACCAAAGACAUAUCUACUCAAUAUACCUUUAUAAGUGUAAAAAUAUUGGUGUAUAAAACUAACCAUUCUUCUGUGGAGUAGGAUAAACUCUAGGUAUUCACCUAGUCAUGUCGCAUGCUGCACAUGAUACACAGUUAUACAUAUAACAGUAGUAUAAAAUAAAAGUAAUACAAAACAAUGUGAUAUUAGUUUCCUCAAAUACACCGCUAACAAUGACUAUGAGACCUCUUGCUACAAUCAACAAUAUUAAAUAUGCUAACUAGAAACCCAUCCAGGAUUCGAAAUUCCAUGUAUACUGAAC